AUUUGAUCAGUUUAAAUUGUUACCUCAUUUUAUACAGUUGCUCCCAAUAUAGCACAGAAAGCACAAUGUGAACAUGGGACUUGUAUUCCUCAUGACACUUAUAUCUAAUUGAUAUAAUGCGGCUUAAGAGGGUUGUGUGCUCCUGGAUCAGGGUCUGGAGUCUAUCCCAGUAGACAGUGGGUGAAGGGCAGGAAUACACCCUGGACAUGUUGCCAAUCCAUCGCAGGGCCUGCUUAACAUUCAUAUGGCUGGCAUAAUUUACACUGUCCAGUUAAUCUAAUUUGCAUGCCUAUGAAGCCAGUAUACCAGGAGGAGACCCAUGUGGAAACAGGGAGAACCUGCAAGCUCCAAACAGAGGGAGCCCUGACCAGGAUUCAAGGAGUAUGUGGACUUCGUCUGUGUGAGCAUAAGAGUGAAGACUGGAGAGUCUCUGGUUCCGACGAUGGCUGAUGAAGCAAAUGAUGAUGAUGUCAUUCAUUUGGCCAGCUUCCGCAGACAUCGGGGACAAGAUGGUGAAGUUAGAAAUGACCUCUUUAUUACUAUAUCUGAUGACUCCGAUGAGGAGGUCCUUGCCUGUGUACCGAACCAUUCUGUCCAGUUGAAGUCUGAACCAGAAUAUGAGGUUGAAGAGGAGGAAGAGGAAGAGGAAGAUGGGCAUGCGAUUUUAGCGCCACAACUGCCACUUCGUCCCAGUGUUAUCCGACCUGCAGCUCUCUGGGGCGGUGGCUUUUCUCAGGGGCCGGCACACCGGAAUGAUGGGCUUCCACAACCAGACACGCAUCCUGUGUUGGAAAGUGUGGCCCCAGUGGCUGAGAACCAGAGUGCAGCACCGUCUACGUCGAAAGCCGGAGCUCUGCCCAGACCUGCAAGCGACGGGACUGACCCGGAGGGAGCAGUUUUCAUUGCUGAGGUGCCUCAAGUAGUGGAUACUGUGGAGGUUGCCCAUGAAAUCCAGCCCAUUACUGGCAGCCUGCAAAGGACAGACAGGGGUAUAGAGGAAGGCCCCUUGAACUUUGUUCAGAUACAGCCCGUGGAGCAGGUGCAGCCACAGCAGCCUGUGGGUGAGGUGUUUUUUGUGGUCCAGAGACCUGUGAGAACAGGUCAGCCUGUGCCCCAAGAGGUGGUUGAUGACGAGAGGCCUGGGCCCUCCAAUGCUGGAGGCAGUGGCCCUGAGGUGCAGACUUUGGUGCAGGGAGUGAUGGACCUCUUUCCGGAUGUAGAGGAAGACUUUUUAACAAAUUGGAUAAGGAAACACAAUGCAAAAGAUUUAAAUUUAAUUUGCAACUUUUUAUUGGAGAACCCUGAAUACCCAAAGAACGAAAGAAUCCCGGUCUUGAAUCUACAAACCAGUAUUUUUCUGGAAACAAAUACUACUGAAAUACAGAAAAAGGCAGAUUUUUUCGAUUUCGCAAACCUGGGAAUGGCUGAUGCUCGCACCUUCAUUCAAGCCGCGGACCUGUUGAUGGGGGAUUUCAAAAUGUUAAGCAGCUUGGACAUCAAAUGGGCUCUGAGAUCUCUGAAGGGACACUAUGCAAUCACUCGCAAGGCCUUGUCUGAUGCCCUUAAGAAAUGGGGAGAGCAUUCUACUCAAUCGAGAGGGAAAAAGCGAAAACCGAUGAACCAGUUUUCCUACAUGGAUUUCAAGUUUGAGCAAGGUUCCACAAAGCUUGAGAAACGCAUGUUUUUCCUGGAGAACAAGAGGCGAUACUGCAGAUCUUAUUCAUUGAAGUCCCUUCCACCUUCACUUCAGAGGGAAGUGAAAUUCUAUGAACAGAAGAUGAAGGAGAUGUCUGAGCAUGAAGAUUUCCUGUUAGCACUUCAAAUGAAUGAGGAACAGUAUCAAAAGGACGGGCAGCUCAUCGAGUGCUGCUGCUGCUACGGCGAGUUUGCGUUUGAGGAGAUGACGCAGUGCGUCGACGGCCAUCUCUUCUGCAAGGAAUGCCUGGUGAAGUACGCUCAGGAGGCCGUGUUCGGGGCAGGAAGGUCGGAGCUGAGCUGCAUGGAUGGGAACUGCACCUGCACCUUCCCCACCAGCGAGCUGGAGAAGGUGCUUCCUGAAAGCAUCCUGCGCAAGUACUACGAGCGGCAGGCCGAGGAGGCCGUGGCGGCCACCUGUGCCGACGAGCUCACCAGGUGUCCCUCCUGUAAUUUCCCGGCCCUGCUGGAGAAAGAAAUUUGUCUGUUCAGCUGCCCCAACCCUCGCUGCAGAAAGGAGACCUGUCGGAAGUGCCACUUCCUGUGGAAGGAACAUGCCGGAAAGACGUGUGAGCAGGUGAUGGAGCAGGACGAGGUCCGCAUCAGGAUUGCCUUCGAGGAGAAGAUGACGGAGGCCCGGGUGAGGAAGUGUCACAGCUGCGGGAUGGGCCUGGUCAAGUCGGAGGGCUGCAACCGGAUGUCGUGCCGAUGCGGGGCCUUCAUGUGCUACCUGUGCCGGCAGCCCAUCUCCGGCUACGACCACUUCUGCCAGCACGCCCGCACCCCGGGCGCAGACUGCCGACACUGCAAGAAGUGCUCCCUGUGGUCGGACCCCACGCAAGAUGAUGAGCGGCUCAUUGGGGAUCUCCAGAAGGAGGCUGAAGCAGAACUGCUGAAGAAGAACUCAGGGAAAAAGAGAAAGCAGGUGGGCCCCCCACCAGAGCCGGCCCAGCCCAAGGUGCCCUGCCUGGCUGCUGCAGGCGAGCGCGGGCAGGCUGCUCCCCCACACGGCCUGCACCCGCUCCUGCUGGUGCCCCCGCAGAUGAUGCUGCCCCACCUCCACCGCCAGGCCCUCCACGUUCGGCCCAUCCCCGCGCCCUACGUCCCCCCGCCACGGGACCCCGCCAUGAACCUGAACGCCCCCUUGAACCUAAACCCCCUCCUUAACUUGAACCCGCCCAUGAACGACGACUUCAAUAUACCCAUGCAUUUUGGACCUGCCCUCAACUUCUACAGACCUCGCUGAAGUCCUCCUCCUGAAUUCCCCGAAAUUCUCCUGUAUCUCGCUUAGAAAAUAAAUACAUAAUAAAUAAAUGGUUUUGUAAUUGGGUACAGUGUAUGGAUGCAUUUCCUUUGCUUUCACAGUAGGAAGUUCUUGGCAAGAUCAUUUUCUUGGUUUCACAGUAGGAAGCUCUUGGCGAGAUGGUUAUCUUGGUUUCACAGGUUGCUCUCUGUCAUGUCACUACUGUUCCAUCAGAUGCUCGCUUGCCAAAAUCUUUUUAUUUAACAUGCAGCCCAUUUAUAGGGUUUCUACUGGCUUUGUCACGCUAGAGAGAAUGGUUUCCCCUGUGAAUUCUCCUGAGAAUUGGUUUAAUGUUUUUAUGUUGACACUUUUUCCCUAGCUGCAUUUUUCUCCUGGGCCACGUUUAGGGGCCAUUUUGCUUUGUUCAAUUUUCAGGCAGCGGGCAAUGCCAAAAACUGGUACAAACUAAUCAAGUUGGGCACUUAACUACCUGGGUCAGAUUGGUCUCAGUAGAAUGUUUGGGGUCUUUCGCCCGUUUUGAGUGUGUAGGCAGUUUAAAUGACUCUUAGGUUUAGUAGAUCAUGGCUGUCUGUAAACCAGGUUCAGUAUCUCUGCAGUAAGCGAUAUCUCAGUACUUGCAGUCCAAAACACUGUGUUAGAGAAUCCCUUGUGUGUGUGUGUUUGUGUGUGCACGCGUGCACAUCUCUGCAUGCGUGUCUAUGUCUGGCUGUGUGUGGGGACCACAUGUCUAUGUGGUGCUUAGCAAGCUUUAUUGUGGUAUUGUGCCAUGUGUGUUGAUUAGAAAGGAUGGGGAAAUUAUAGCUCAGCUGUACACACCAGUCUUCCUCUGUGUGCAGAAGCCCUAUCAAGCCCUGUAGUGUGUGACAGGGCGACCAAACAGCCACUGAUCCAGUCCAAGGGACCGUUCCAUUCAUUUUAAGCACCUUAGGGGUUCAGGGUUUUUUUAUUUUUUUAUUUUAUUUUUUAUUUUUUAUUUUUUUUGUUUAAUCCUGUGUAGAGUUGUAAGUACUUGUGAGUACAGGGAAGAUUUAUGUGCAUUCAAGAGUCAUUGCAUUUUAUUUGUAUUUGGUGCCCCUGCGAUUUUCACUCCUUUCCCUUCAGGUCUUGAACAGAAAAGAAGAGGCUUGCCCUUGAAAACCUAAAUACAAACAGAGUGCCUGCAGUCUCUUUGUCAGUCUUUGCUGUAAGGUGAAAAGCACAAUUCAUUUAAGUGUAUAUUCUGCAGGGGGACAGACCUUAUUGGAGGAGAAAGAUCCUGUUAUUAAAAAUGAGUGAAUGAUUGUUUAAUAGUUGUUCAAUAAAAAAAAAUUCAAAUGUA